AUCAACAUGGUCGGUGAAAAAGCUGAAUUGAAGUGAUUCCAAGAUUCCACAUGGGAAUAUAAAUAAAACGAAAGUAAUAUGUUGUUGUAAUUUCAAGUGUAUUACUAAAAGUGUCAUCCCGAAUCAAUUGUACAUAUAUAUAAGAGAAACAUUCAAUUAUUGAGUUACAAAAAUGAGGUUUAACUACAAGUUUCAGAAUCUGUUGGGUACUGUUUACAAGAAGGGCGAUAUUGUAUUCACAAACGAUGGCGACUGUGUUAUCAGCCCUGUUGGUAACAGGAUAACAGUGUACAAUUUGAAACAAAAUAAGAGCAACACAUUAUCAGUGGAUAGCCAGUACAAUUACACAGCUUUAGAUGUUUCACCAAAUGGAUCAACACUUCUUGCAGUCAAUGAAAAGGGAGAGGCCCAGAUGAUCAGCCUGCUGACGUGCACCGUCAUACAUCGGUACAAGUUCAGGCAGCAAGUGAGUGCUGUCAAAUUCAGUCCUGAUGGGCAAUACUUUGCAGCAUGUGUUGGUGAUACAGUUUUCAUUAUGACAGCGCCAUGCAGCUUCACUGGAGAAUUUCGAUCUUUUGUGAUGAAGAGAGUGUUUAAGAAGGCGCACGACGACACGACGUGCCUGGACUGGUCGUCGUGCUCGCGCCUGCUCGCCGUCGGCUCCAAGGACACCACCACCAAAAUCUACUCCGUGGACUACCUCGACAACCUCAGCAUGUACUCACUCAGUGGACAUACCGACAAAAUAGUUGGUGUUUUCUUUGAAAACAAGAGUUUAGACCUUAUAAGUGUGAGCAGGAAUGGGCAAGUUUGCUUGUGGGAGGCGAACCUUGAUUCAGACGAUCUGGUGACGUCAUCAGUACAGAUUUCACAUAAGAAACGCAGGAAGUUGCAAAAAGAUGAAGAUGAUAGUGAGGAUGAUAUAAGUGAGAAGAAAGCUAUUGAGAAGGAGAGGGAUGAUGUGGACAGCGACGACGACAAGCUCGAGGUGAAGAGCGAGUCUUCUCAGAAGCUGGCGUACAACAAGCUCGGGCGCCACUACAUCGGGGACGCCAUCCGCAACGCCAGCCACCGCGUCAAGCUCACCGCCGCGCAGUACCACAAGGAGACUAAGCUGCUCGUCACAGGCUUCUCCUCAGGCGUGUUCUUCCUGCACGAGAUGCCGGACGUGAACCUGAUCCACUCUCUGCGAGUGUCGGAGCAGCGCGUGGGCGCCGCGGCCGUGGCCCCGCGCGGGGACUGGCUGGCGCUCGCCUGCCCCGGACAGGGGCAGCUGCUCGUGUGGGAGUGGCAGAGUGAACAAUACGUGAUGAAGCAGCAGGGCCACUCGCUGGACAUGACGUGCCUGGCGUACUCGCCGGACGGGCUGUACAUCGUCACGGGCGGCUACGACGGGAAGGUCAAGGUCUGGAACACACAGUCGGGCUUCUGCUUCGUGACGUUCCACGAGCAUACCGCCGCCGUCACCUCCGUGCAGUUCAGCGCCAACAAGAAGUUCUUCAUCAGUUCGUCGCUAGAUGGCACUGUUCGGUGCUAUGAUCUCACGAGGUACCGCAACUUCCGCACGCUGACGGCGCCGGCGCUGGCGCAGUUCUCGUGCGCGGCGCUGGACGCGGCGGGGCAGCUGGCGGCCGCCGGCGCCACCGACGCCUUCGACGUCUACGUGUGGAGCGUGCAGUUCGGGAAGCUGCUGGAGGUGCUAGGCGGCCACGAAGCGCCAGUCUCGUCGCUGGCGUUCAGCCCGGCGCCGGGGUCGUCGUGCCUGGCGACCGCCAGCUGGGACCGCUCGCUGCGGCUGUGGCGCUCCCUCGAGACCUCCACGGACAGCGAGGCCAUCCCGCUCACGGCCGACGCACUGCAGGUGGCGUUCCGGCCGGAUGGGGAAGAGGUGGCGGUAUCCACUCUGGACGGCAACAUCUCGUUCUUCAGCGUGGCAUCGGGCGAGGCGCGCGGCGGCGUGGAGGGGCGCGCCGACCUGGGCGCCGGCAGGGGCGACACCGACCUCGUCACCGCUGAGACGAUGUUGAAGACCAAGGCGUUCACCACAAUCUGCUACUCUGCGGACGGGCAGUUCAUCCUCGGCGGCGGCAACUCCAAGCACGUGUGUCUGUACAGCGCGCGCGACGCCAUCUUGGUGAAGAAGUUCGUGAUCACGCAGAACCGCUCGCUCGACGCCGUCAGCGACGUGAUAAACCGGCGGUUGCUGUCGGAGUUCGGCAACAUGGCUCUGGUGGAGGAGCGCGGGGACCUCGAGGGGGGGGACGUGGACAUCCGCCUGCCCGGCGUCAGGCAGGGGGACAUGGCCGACAGGAACACUAAACCAGAGGUGCGGGUCCACUGCGUACGAUUCUCGCCGACGGGCGACUCGUUCGCGGCCGCCGCCACCGAGGGGCUGCUGCUGUACGGACAGGGCGCCGGCCUCGACGGCACAUUCAGGCCAUUCCGUCUGGAACAAGGCGCGACGCCGCUAGCCGUGGCGCAGGCGCUGGCGCGGCGCGAGUGGGGCGCGGCGCUGCUGCCCGCGCUGCAGCUCAACGAGCCCGCGCCGCUCGCGCGAGUGCUGGAGGCCGUGCCGCACACCGACGUGGAGCUGACUCUAUCAUCGCUGGACGCGGAGUACGUGGACCGUCUGGUGGAGCAGCUCGCGCGGCAGCUGGAGGCGUCGCGGCACCUGGAGCAGCUGCUGCGCUGGGCCCGCGCCGUGCUGUCUGUGCCGCGCCGGGUGACGGCCACCGCCGCGGUCAGGCGGCUCGAGAAGGCGCUCACGGUCAAAUAUGAACAGCUGGCUAAGAUAUGCGACUUCAACAAGUACACGAUGCGGUGCAUCCGCAGCGCGGGCGCGGAGGCGUGCAAGAGCGAGGACAGCGACCGCGAGUCCAGCGGCCGAGGCACGGCUUCCAGCGAUGAUGAUGAUGAUGAUUGAAUAAACUGUACAAUAAUAUGUUGGAUAAUAUCAA